GGGUCCUGACGGGGUGGACGGGGUCCUGGUGCCGCCAUAUUGCAGUCAGAUCCCUUGUUGUUCUGUGGAUGUGAAUGAGUCGCGGGAGAGACGGACGGUGGGAGAGGGAGAGAGAGGCAUACACAUUGCAAUCGCUUCAGCUCCGUCACCUGAAGCACUUUCCCCUCCCCAUCCCCCAACCCUCCCCUCCCCAAACCAUCACUCGCGCUGAAGGAUUGAGACAGUGUGGUGACAAGAAAACAUUGAAAGUGCCCACAUCAAACUGAAAGGGGACAGUUGAAGUAAAAAUAUGUCUGGAAUUGCAUUGAGUCGACUUGCACAAGAAAGAAAAGCCUGGAGAAAGGAUCAUCCUUUUGGCUUUGUUGCAGUACCAACAAAGAAUCCAGAUGGUACUCUAAACUUAAUGAACUGGGAAUGUGCUAUUCCGGGUAAAAAGGCAACGCCGUGGGAAGGUGGGCAGUAUAAGCUUCGAAUGCUGUUUAAGGAUGACUACCCUUCAUCGCCACCAAAGUGUAAAUUUGAGCCUCCAAUAUUCCACCCGAAUGUGUAUCCCUCUGGUACUGUGUGUCUAUCCAUUCUAGAGGAAGAUAAGGAUUGGAGACCUGCUAUUACUAUUAAGCAGAUAUUACUAGGAAUUCAAGAACUUCUAAACGAACCAAACAUUCAAGACCCAGCACAAGCAGAAGCAUACACAAUCUACUGCCAGAACAGAGUAGAGUAUGAAAAACGAGUGCGAGCACAGGCCAAGAAAUUCGCUCCAACAUAAAACCAAGCAACUAAAGGAUGUGGAUUUCUGACUGUCGGCUGAGAAAGAAGGCACGCUUUUCACAUUUAGCAAGUUCCUGUUACAAGCAAUUGGCAGUCUUUGGGGGAAAAAAAAUUACAUCGUUACUCGGACAGUUCUAGUUCACAAAAAAUGGCAAAUCAUCUCGGCACGAAACUUGCUGUGUUUCCGUGGCGGCUGUAGUAAAUUUUUUAUUUUUUAAAAAAAAGCCCUAGUGUUCAAUGGUUCAAUUGACCUUUCUUCAAUGUAGCCAGAAUAUGGGGCCCCUGUUUAGUGCUGGCUGACAUGCAAAAUGUGGUUGGAUUUUUCUUUCUCCCCAGUUUAUGUCCAUGAAUGGUUUUUCAGGCCUAUCUUUAAUCAUCCUGGCAUAGUUGGCAACUCUUUGGACCAUUCUUCGGGAGGAAGAUUUUACAUGAAGAAAGUGAGAACAGUUACAGAUCCAUUUGCAUACCAUGAUCUGCAUUUUGCUCUAAUGCCAAGGCUUUCUUAAAUCCACUUUGGCCCUUCAAGAGACUUGGAAGACCUGUAAUAAAUGAUGUAUUUUAAAAAAAAACCAUUAAUAAAAUGUUCUUUCUAUCCACCUAUUCUGCCCCACCCCUAGUACUUGCGAGCAAUGUGUGAUGUUCCCUAUCUGAGGUUGCUGUCAUAGUUGAAAGAACUUGCAGCUCUCUCUAAGCAGUUUGAGACACAGAAGCUGAGUGGAUAUUCUCAGCCCGCAGUGUGGCGCAAUAGCUUUUAACUUUUUAAAUCGGUAACUUCAUUUCAAAUGCAGUGGCAUGGCGCGUGUGACUUGUCUGAUUGCAGCUGUCUGCACGUGUAUUCUCUUGUCUCCUGCUCUCACUUUGUUUUGCUCUGGACUUCCUCCCUUCGUUGCUGUUGUUUUGGGUGAAGUGACAUUCUCCUUACUUUCUCUCUGGAAUGUUAAGUAAACCAUUACAAAUGUUUCCAAAUUUUAGGAAUUUUUUUUAAAAAGUGCUGUGAAGGUAUCUUGUGACAUCUUCGGCAGGGUUUCUAGGUUUGCAAAAGUAAUCAAAUCAACGUGAAGUUGGUUUGCAUAAAAAGUGAAAUGCAUGUUUAAGAUUGGACCGCAGAUACUUGUUCAUCACUUGCAAGUAAAGAUUGCUCAUGAAUGUUUUCCAGUAUUUCACAAUUGAUAUUUUUGAUAAAGCAAUUGCUCAAAAAUACUCAAGUUUGUGCUGCUAUGAAUAGUACAGCCUUUUCUUAAAAACUCUAAUUGGGUGCUGUUGUUCGCUUGACUCCUUGAACUAGUUUCAGGGUGAGCCAGGAUUGGUUUUGCUUGCAACUAGGUCAAAUCCUCUUUCAAUCAGUUCUGAAGCUCAGUUGAGAUUUUUUUGGUUAAGGUAUGCACUGUUGACAUGUUGCCUUGAGCCCAGUUGUUUUUACGAAGUGGAGAAAAGUUGCUUCUGAUUGUGGGAAGAACGAAUAGAACACACCAGAAAGUACAUUAUUUUGUGGUCCUCUAGUUUUAGCAGAUUGUAAAAACUGAACCUGUUGCUGGAUUAGUGUUCAGUUAAUCUCUUGUUAAACUGUUUUGGUUUUCUAAGUAGUUAGAACCUGUACUACUUGUCUUUUCAGGCUUGAGUCUAAAACCUGCUGGACAGUUUGAUUUAUAAUUAUGCAAAUCCCUGUAAUUUACUAGAUUCAAUCAGAGCAGACAGUAGUACAGUAAUAAACUCGCAAUUUUUAUUACUGAAACUUUAGAAAUCCAAUUGAUUUGCUUUGUGGGAUGUGCAACUUAAGUUGUCAGUGUAGUCACAUUUUAGAAUUGCAACCCUAAUUACUUUGGCAUGUAAUGGAUCUGGAGGAUGACAUGCAUUGUUUUUGUUUUGGCAUUAUGACUCCUGUCAGUGUACAUGAAGGAUGCUUUGAACUGGUUAAAAACCUGAAUGUCAGUGCUAGAGACCACUUGGCAGGUUUAAUGCAACUGUUUCUCUCAAAGAUUCUUCCACAAUACCAAGAAUCCACAUCCUUGCUGAUUAACUUGGUGUUUAUACUUGAAAUUAGUAUUUUCUAAUUUGUAUGUUUUGGUGGUGAUGCCAUGCAUUUAAACUGUGGGAGAUCUUAACCAAAAAGAGUGGAUUCCAAUGCACUUGAAAUGAUUCCUGGUUUUCACCUAGCUUUGUGCUUCUGAUUUCUGAAUUUGUGUAAUAAGCAACAAGACUCUCCUGUAGCAUUUAGGUCACUCAACUGCUGGGAUCAGUCUCCACGAUCCAUAAUAGAUUAGCUUUGCUUGGUUUGUUUUGUGUAAAUUUACGAGCUUCUUGAACUGCUUUACUGAAUCACAUAUUUUCUCAGUCAAAUUUAUUUGAAAAAUCGUUCUGUGUUGCUAGUAAGGCUAGCAUUUUUUUUCUUGCCUAUUUGUGUUUGAGCCCUGAAUUCCUGAAAAAUAAUCCUUGGUUUUGGAAAGAUUUGCCUACUGUGCAAGGCAGCAUUUGCAUUUUUUAUUCGCUGAAGUCUUAGCAAUCACACUACCAGUUCUACAUCUAGCACUUCGUGCUGACUAUCAUUUGGUUUGUUACUGCUAAUAAUAGAUUUUCCUUAGCUAAUCAAUACUUUGGCAUUUAGUUAAAAAAAGAGAAUGUAGAGAUAAGCCUUAUUGAUCCCUGUCUCUUGCCUGUUCUCAUCCCUCUUUCUUUUGUCUUUGUCAGUUAUCACUCCCCCACUCUCCUCCCCUCUCCACAAUUGCAAUUUCACAUUGCUGUAUUUACCUCCUGAUCUAUAUUCAAUCUAUAUGGUCUUGGCUGCUGCUGUUGUGUGUGCAGUCAUGUGCCUCGCGUAUCUUUAAAAUGUUGAGGCUGUCUCUGCACAGCAUGGGUGAAUUGGCUUCAUCUGGUUGAAAUAAACCUAUUACACUCCUCUCCCUCCCUCGCUUCUCUCCGACCCCAUCUCUCAACUCUUUUUUUUCUCUCUCUCUGCCUAAGAAGGUUUUUGGUUGUGUUGGAACAAGGCUCCAAAGUAUGCAUUCAUGUCAUGGAUUUGUUGAUACUUUUAUUUUGCUAUACUUUUAAUACCCCCUGUGUGGUAAAAGUAGAAUGUACUGAACCAUAGAAUGUAAUUUAAAUCCCAUUUUUAAGCUAUAAUGGUUGCUUUUAAGUUAUGCUUCUAAAUCAUAUUCCAUAGCUCCUUGCAUAUCCUUUAUGUACAUUCCAUUGAAGGCAUUGGUUGCUGAUAUUGGUCAUGUGAAAGAAAUGGGACUACAUAAGUGGUGCUAAAAUUCAAUCUGUCUUGUCAUGUCUUGUUGAAAUUUUUAAUUAUUGCCAUUCACAUUUAUUAAAUAUAAGAAUUGGACCACAAUAGCAGCAGCGUGGCUGAAUCCUAUGGUGUCCUUGAGAUUUGGUAGGAAGCAGGAGAAACAUGUUCUCAUGCAUGAAGCAAGACUUGCCCAUGCCUAAAUUUUGUUAGUCAUCAGUGUUAUAUCCUUCGUGUAAAUGUCUACAUUAAGUGUACAGUGUUAAACAUCUAAUGUAUGUAAACUGUAAUUUUAAGAUUCUGCUGCUUCCAUAGAUUUCAACUAGCAACAGCCCCUUAUGCAGUCCAGUUUGAACAGUGGUUGUCUCAGGAAACUGUGGAAUCAUGAGUUCAGGAUGUGCUUUCCAAGUUUAUUCCUGCCCAGAUAAUUCUUUGGGCCAGUGCAUUCUCACUCUUCAAUGUACAUGUGACUCUGUAGUAACAGUUGAAUAUACUGAUUCCAGGAAAGAAAUUUUUUUUUUUAAAACGUUAAUGGUAGCUUUUUUCCAAUUGGGAAGUGACUUAUCUCUGUCAUAUUGUAGCUGAAGAUUAUGGCCAAUUCUUAUUAGAAGUUUUGAACAAUGAGGGCUAAUAACCAAUUUUCUCCACCUCCAGCCUCCUCCCCCUCCCCCAAUGAUGUGAAGUAUAACUAAUCCAACUUCCUUAAUUGUGUAUCAAUUCCAAUUGACCCAAAACAGGUAACUUGCUAAAGGAAUAAUAAAGAAAACACCCUUGGAACACUGGGUACGUCCAUUUCUUUGUUUAUAUUUUUUGAUGGAUAAAAUGACAAAAUUUAAAAAAAGUAAGCCAGUGUUCCAGGGUGACACUGUAAACUUGUACAAUACUUUUAUAUCUUUUUUUCAUAGUCCAUUGGGUUUUGAAAAUGGAAUUGGCAUGUCUUUAGAAAACAUGCUAAUUUUAAUGUCUGCCUUGACCCAUCAACCUGUCCCUUUUUCCCCACCCCUCUUUUUCCCUCCCCUGCAAAAGAGACAAAAAAACAAAAAAAAAAAUUGAUGGUUGUAAUGGUUGCUAUUGCAUGGCCUUGUGCAGUUGGGACUAUGUAGUGUUUUUGUCUUGAGUGUGUCACCUUGCUCACCAUGUUGUUAAAGUUGGAUGACAUUAACUGUGGUUAUUGUGUGAUCUAAUCGCUCUGGACCCCAAUGGUUACAAUCUUGAUGCUGCUUGAGUCUCCAUGAUCUUGGGUCAAGCCAGCUUUUGACUAAAACAGUAAAAGUGCCCUUGCAUUCACAAGCCUCCAUACUUCUGCGUUAUUUUUCUAUCACUCAGAUUGAAAGUUGUGCUCUUGUAGAACUGUGGUGUUUGAGUUCUCUCUCUUUUCAAAAUAGUGUUGCACCAAGCAUAAACCUUUUGGUAAAAUUAUUUAUUUUUUUAGAAACAGUUAAAUAUAAAAGGUGUUCGCCACAUGUACGACAUGUUUUUUGGCUAGUCUGAAAUUUGCUUCUAGAUUUUGACCAGAAUGUGGGCAAGGUAAGCUUUCUUUCUCUUUCUCUGCAGUUUGUUGCUUAUUCAGAACUGCAUGGCUUGUUUAUCCCUAACAUAUGUAUCAUCCCCAAACAUGAUUUUUUUUAACACUGAGAAUAGUUUACUAAGCAGUUUUAAUUUACCAGAGUACUACAUUCUCUCAGUUGCAAGAGUUGCUGAUAUUUUUGUCAUUAACCUCUGUUUUCCAACUGGACACAGAACUGAUGGAGCAUGCUUGGCAGUGUCCUUGAACAUUUGAUGUUCUGAAGUUUGACUGAAGCUUUGCUUGCCUUUUUUUUUUAAAUAACCAUGCUUAAUGAAGUGCAGUUGGAGGAUUUUGUCAGGGCUCAAUUUUAACUGGUGGUUGACCAGCUGGCCUAUUGUAUUUGCUCACUUGGCCUGCCAGUUUUAUGGGCUUAAAUGAUUACAACUUUUGCUUUCGUGUAUAAUAGUAUUUUGGAAUCUGAAGAAAUGGUGGAAGUUUAUUGCGUCAGUACACAAGCGUCAUGUGUACUCUUGUUCGAUAGCUUCCAUCAAAUGUGGGAGACAAACCCACUUUUCACUGGUCCAAGGUUAGGUUGUGUUUUUUUCCCGGCCAUUGUUCAUUUUGAAGCCCCUUGGUGUGAAACGUAUGUCAUUCUGUAACCUUAAUACAAUAUGGUGGAAUGUGAGACAUUAUUGACAUGGAACCUGCUGCCUUCCCAAGCACAAGUUUCCAAAGGCCAUGUUUGCUCUCCUUAUCUCUUGCCUGCCCGAAAAGUGAAAUUGUAAUAUUGAAAAAGCAGCUCGGACAGCAAGAAAAAUGCGCUUGUUUAAAAUAAAUUUAUAAUGAAUGAAAAGUUUAAACGUGAAGAAAUCAUUCCAUUGUUGAGGCUCAAACUGCCUCUGAGCACCAUGUACUAUUGCAGCUCAUGCACCAUUUCAAUCACUGAUACCUCUGUUUGUAUGCUGUUUGUUAAUGUAUUUGUGUUUAGAAAAAGAAAUUAAAAAGCGAAAAGUAA